CUCUCUCCUCCUCUCCCUCUCCUCCCCCUUCUCUCUCCUCCUCCACUUCUCCAUUUUCUCCAUUACCCAUCCUGCCAUUGGUCCUCUGGACCGACAGCCGCCCCAGUGAAAGGACAUGGGGCAGAGGGAGAGUGGAGGGCAGAUCAUGGCUGGUGGACGAGGUGACACUAGCGGACCAGGGCAACUACACCAUCAAAGACAGCACCGGCAAGGUGGUGUCCAGGGCCAGCCUGACCGUGACAGCCCACUGGUCCAAUAUCACCGCUUUCAACAAGGAAUCCCUCUACAUCCGCCUGUACACACCACUCAGGCAGGCCCAGCUGCGCCUCAUGCCCGACCACUCCUCCUCCCGCUCCCACUCUUCCACCACCCUCUUGCGGGAUGGGGAGAUCGUGGAGGAGAGACUGUGGCACCGCGGGCGACUCUCAUUGGAGCAGAACCGCACAGGCCUCUACUUUGUCAUGGCAGGUCUCAGUGAGAAGGACAAUGGCAUUUAUGAAAUGCACGAUGGCCAAGGGAACCUUGUGUCGACAAACAUUGUGAGGGUUGUUGAUAAGCAUAUGCGAUGGAGAGCUGUGAUGAAGUCCAUCUCGGUUCCCUCGGGCAUGUUUCUGUCUCUGGCUGGUGUCAUCCUCUUCCUGAAGAGGUACCCCAGCUGCAGUGUCUCCAAGAUACUCAGUGGCCUGAGAGAUCGUCGCAAUGCCACCACUGCCGGUGUCCCCCCAAGAGUACACAUUGAGGACUACAGUGAGCUCAACCUCACCAGUUACACCAGUUCCCCAUACAAAAUCAGGUCAUCCAAACAAUGGAGCCCCAGUCCCUCGCGCAGUGGUUACUCUCCUGUUGUUCAGAGAGCCUAUGGAGACUCCCCAGAGCCAGUCAGAGGCACAGAGAUACUAGGAACGGAUCCCAGUCAGAACCUACUCAGCCAGGAAUCAAAAAGUCUGAGGAAGACAUCUUUCUCUCUGGUCGGAGCCUCUGACUGCCUCCACUCCUCCGAGCACUGUGCUCAGUUUGACCUCAGCAAGGUCAACCGGAACAAGGACGGCAAGAAGGACUAUUUCUCCACAUUACCACUGGACAUGGACACGUCUGACAUCUGCAAACAUAUGACAGAGAAAGCUGAACAGUCACAGUAGAAGCAGAAUGAUGCAGGUCAAUAUGAGUAUGAGGGAUACUUCAUCUGAUGGGAUUGCUGGAACACCCAGAUCACAUGGACCUCAGAUCACAUAGUCUGAUCCCAGGUGCCUCUCCAAGGUGAGAAUGUUCUGCCAACAGUAUGACUUUUGAUCUUGUUCAUUAGAUUGUUGGGUUCUUGACAUCAGCUGCUCAGCUCCCUGUGCACCUGUAAAAAGGCUCAUCACUUGUGAACUGAGGGACUGCAGUGGACAGUGGGCUGCUGGUUUUCCCAGGAACAAAUACUCUUGGGACUGCAGCCUUUUUGUCCAUAAUGUGUGCGGAUUGUGGAUGUUGCUUUACUUGUGGAACUUUUUUAUUUGGCCGGUCAUGCAGUUCCCUGUGUUCCUUUUUUCAGGAAGUUUCCCCACAUCUCUUACAUGGCAUGUCUUAUUCACCACAAGGGCUGUCAUGGGGUUAGAGUUGUUUGACUGAGACCUGUUGUCCAUAUUUUUGUGGAUUGUGGACUUUUCCAGACUAUCCUCACUUCUCCAGCCUUGCAUUCCUUGGAUCAGGAAGUUCUCCCAACUCCUCUUCCUGCAUGUCUGACUCAUCACAAGGACUGUGUUCCUUAGGUUCGAGCUGACCUUUUUGUUGGCAAUUGUCACUGACACACUGAUUCAAAUUUGGUAUAUAGAUGACUUGUGUGUGUUCCCCCGACAUUUUACAGCCUUUAUACCUAGAGGCACCACUUAUGCGGAAGAAAUAGGUUAUGGUCAUGGUCUGUCAAUUCAUCCUUUGUGUCACAUUUAUUCUUCAAUGUCAUCCCUCAACUGCAUUCCUAUGCACAUCACAGGAUCUUAGGUAUGGGUUUGGAGACAAAACAAAGAAUCGUAUUAAUCAUUGAAUUCAUCCUCAAUUAGGGUUACUUAUUGCUUUACCGUUUGUAUCACAGCAUAUUUACACUUCAUUUUCAAUUUUCAAUAACAAAACAAUACUCUACACUCCUAACCCAUGUCUCACCAUCGACUGCGUCAUUCAGCAACUGUAUGGCUAUUGGCUGUAUUAAUUUUCGCUAUCUUAAAUGGCUACCUCGGUGCAUUUAUUGCAAUAGUAUCAGCCCUAAUCCGGUUUACCCUGCAGAGUUAUAUAGUCUUAACAUGUGAUAGUGGAUACAGUGAAGAGCCCUUCCUGUAUGGUGCCGCUGUCAUUGUAGACCUCAAAGGGGUUUGAUGGCAUUUGUGCUUGUAGGCUACUGUAAAUAAUAAGUUAUUUAGGGUAUAUCACAAUGCAUGUGCAUGUCAUCAUGUGCCCGUCUAACCCAUCCAUCCCAAAUAAAAGCUAACUCCUCACCUGACAUAUCUAGUAAGCUGUUACCUGACUGCCUCAAAUAUAGCAAAUGCUGUUUCCUUUAAUAUGUAGCAUACAUUGUUUGCUAUCAUGCUUCAUAUAUUGUAUGUAAGAAUCAUAGACAGGAAAUUGUGUUAUUGAGAUAUUAACACUGAGAGAUGCUGCUUUGUGCUCAACUUAAUAGAUUCCUAUUAUGAAAAUGUUUAAGUUAGGUGGGAAGAAUAUAGUAGGCUACUGUAGGUUUUCUCAACAUCUGAGAGGUAGGCCUCAUAUUGGGGAAAAGAUAACUAAAAUGAUGUUGUGAGCACUAUGUGAACCAGAAUAUUUUGGGUAUUGAAUUAAAAAAAAUCUAGAUUUAUAGUGAACUUUAUCUUAAAUGUACAGAUUAAACAAAACAGUGGUGUUAUAGUCAAGCUUUUCAUAGAAAUGUGAAGGCUCAAAAACGUUGAAUAAUUUAUGUGCUGGUGAUUUGUUUCUCUCUUAAGAUAUCCUUUUUUUUUCAAUCAUACAAACCUGCACUAACCUCUUACACAGUGUUCUUUAACAUGUGUGAAAAUUGUUCACCAUUAAAAAAAGAUCAUCAGACUUAAUCAUUUCA